AGCAGACUGCGGCGAGGGCCACUUGGGGACGGCGGGGCGGCCAGUCCGGCGACAGCAAACGAGUACCGUGGCGGCCAAAAAAAUGCUCUUGUACCGAGGGGCCCCCAUAGGCCCGGGCGCGCAGAGCACUGCGCCCGCCCGCCCAGGCGGCGGCUCGCAGGCCUUUGGAAUCCGCCUGAGCACGAUGAGCCCCCGCUAUCUCCAGAGCAACUCCAGCAGCCACACGCGACCCUUCAGUGCCAUCGCGGAGCUGCUAGAUAAUGCUGUAGAUCCAGAUGUAUCUGCCAGGACAGUCUUUAUAGAUGUUGAGGAAUUCAAGAAUAAAUUCUGUUUGACCUUUACUGAUGAUGGAUGCGGGAUGACACCUUUUAAACUGCAUCGAAUGCUCAGCUUUGGAUUUACGGAUAAAGUUAUAAAGAAGAGCCAAUGUCCCAUUGGCGUCUUUGGUAAUGGUUUCAAGUCAGGCUCCAUGCGACUAGGAAAGGAUGUUCUUGUCUUCACCAAAAAUGGUAGUACUCUCACUGUUGGACUCCUCUCACAGACCUAUCUGGAAUGUAUCCAGGCACAGGCAGUUAUUGUACCAAUUGUACCAUUCAACCAGCAAAACAAAAAAAUGAUUAUUACUGAGGAUUCCUUGCCAAGCCUAGAAGCCAUCCUGAACUAUUCCAUUUUCAGCAGUGAAAAUGAUCUACUCUCUCAGUUUGAUGCUAUUCCAGGCAAAAAAGGAACUCGUGUUCUCAUUUGGAAUAUCCGCAGAAAUAAGGAUGGAAAGUUUGAAUUGGACUUUGAAACAGAUCAGUAUGAUAUUUUGGUGUCAGACUUUGACAUAGAAGAAAAAGAAACAGGUGGUGUUACCUCUGAGUUGCCAGAAACAGACUAUUCAUUAAGGGCAUUUUGUGGUAUUCUGUAUAUGAAACCACGAAUGAAAAUUUUUCUGCGUCAAAAGAAGGUGACCACCCAGAUGAUUGCCAAGAGCCUGGCCAGUGUAGGAUAUGAUAUAUAUAAACCUACCUUCACAAAUAAGCAGGUGAAAAUAACUUUUGGGUUUUCUUGCAAAAAUAACCAGUUUGGAGUAAUGAUGUAUCAUAAUAAUCGACUCAUAAAGUCCUUUGAGAAGGUGGGCUGCCAAGUGAAGCCAACUCAUGAAGAAGGUGUGGGAGUAAUUGGAGUCAUUGAGUGCAAUUUUUUAAAGCCUGCAUACAACAAACAGGACUUUGAAUACACGAAGGAGUACCGGUUGACAAUAAAUGCUCUUGCUAAGAAGCUCAAUGCUUAUUGGAAAGAAAAUUUUGAUAACUCAGUCAUCGCAAGGCCCAUACCGAAGAUUCCUGACCAGACAUGGGUGCAGUGUGAUGAGUGCCUUAAAUGGAGGAAGCUUCCUGGCAAAGUUGAUCCAUCUACAUUACCUUCAAGAUGGUUUUGUUACUACAAUUCCCAUCCAAAGUACAGGAGAUGCUCUGUUCCAGAGGAGCAAGAACUCACUGAUGAAGACCUGCACUUGAGUAAAGCUAAGAAACAGGAUCAAGCUGUUGAGGAGAAGAAGAUGUCAGUAGAAAAUGAGGACCAACAGGCAUUCAGUGUUCCACUUAAGAGUCCCACUAUUCAAGAUAUGGAUGAAUUGAAUAGAAAGACAGUUAGAUAUGAGGGAAUUGAUAGCACUAGCCAGCUUCCAUCUGCUGGAGAAGAAAGCAGAACACCUUCUCUUCAACUUAAGCCCCUGAAUGUCAGUGCUUUUCAUUUCUCCAGUAAAUACAAAUGGAUCCUAGGUGAGGAACCUGUCGAGAAACGAAGAAGGCUCCAGAAUGAGAUGUCAACGCCUCCUCUAGAUUAUUCUAUGCCUGGAUCUUACAAGAGAGUAGAGGCAGCUGCAGCUGAUCCAGAAGGAGAGAAUAGCCAUGAUAAGUUUAGUUCUGAGAGAAGCACACCACCAUACCUCUCCCCAGAAUACCCAGAAACAAACAAGCAUACCAGUCAGAGUAGGGAGGUCUCAGUUCUGUGUUCUGGUGCUCAUGAUCAACACCAGGGGUCCCUGUUUCCUGAUGAACUAGAUCAGAUGCCAAGAUUGGUAGCAGAAGAAUCUAACAGAGGCAGCACAAACAUACACAAAGAAGAUGUAAACAAAGGACCUUUUGUAGCUGUUGUUGGUGUUGCAAAAGGUAUUCAAGAUUCAGGGGCUCCCAUUCAGUUGAUCCCUUUCAAUAGAGAGGAGAUUGCUGAGAGAAGAAAAGCAGCAGCUGAGUCUUGGAACCCAGUGCCUUUCCCUUCUGCGUCCUCUGCUGCGAGCCCUUCUGCUGCCCUUGGUGAGAAAGGAAAAGGCUCUGAGGAAGGUGCAGUUCGUAGUACACCAAAGGUGAAGAACCAGAAAGAGCUGGAAGAACUGAAGAGAACCACAGAAAAACUGGAACGUGCACUGGCUGAAAGAAAUCUGUUCCAGCAAAAGGUGGAGGAGCUGGAGCAGGAGAGAAAUCACUGGCAUUCUGAAUUCAAGAAGGUCCAGCAUGAAUUGGUGACCUACAGUACCCAGGAGACAGAAGGCUUGUAUUGGAGCAAGAAACACAUGGGAUAUCGCCAAGCAGAAUUCCAGAUUCUGAAAGCUGAGCUGGAGAGAACCAAAGAGGAAAAGCAAGAACUGAAAGAAAAACUGAAGGAGACAGAGAUGCACCUGGAAGUUCUGCAGAAGGCUCAGGUCUCCUACCGGACCCCAGAGGGAGAUGACCUAGAAAGGGCUUUGGCAAAGCUUACGCGGCUGCGUAUCCACGUCAGCUAUCUCCUUACUUCUGUCCUCCCUCAUUUGGAGCUUCGUGAGAUCGGGUUUGACUCAGAACAAGUGGAUGGGAUCCUGUAUACAGUGCUGGAGGCAAAUCACAUACUGGAUUGAGCACCAGACUAUAUACUCUCUAUACCCUUCCUAAUGUUCUUUGCUGUUCUCUAUUUUCCCAUCUUCCCUUCUAUUCUCUUUAUCUCCCUCUCUUCCCCCACCUUUCC